AUUAUUAUUAGUUAUUCGGUAGAACUGCCUUGGUCAGCAUUAAUUUGGAGCAAUCUACCACUUGGGACAAUCGGACUUUGAGAGCGGAGAUAGCGAUACGCCGGAGGGCCCAAAGAACGUCGAGGCGAGAAGGAAUCCAUUGAUGGACCGUGGAUGAUGAUGGACUAACAAUGUCCGGUUAGCACUGUGGAUAUGCGCGUUUCGCAAGAAUGGGGUGGCUCGACUUAUCCCCGAACUCUUGGAGGGGCUGGCUUGUUCGAGCCCCACCGAUAAAGUAGGCAGUAUAUAUACAUAUAUAUAUAUAUACCCCUCCGGAUAGACAGAAGCUGCCCAGAAUGUGAAAUACGGCACGAUACUAUACCGGUGGUUCGUUUCAUUAUAACUCUGAUUGACUCCUCACGAUGGUUCCGAAACUACCAACUCGCCAACUGGGCAAGGAUGGACCUCAGGUCGUUGCCCUGGGAUGGGGAGCUAUGGGCCUGUCCAGGUUCUACGGCCCUGCCAAACCCGACGAGGAACGUCUCAAGUUCCUGGAUUAUGUACACUCGACCGGUCUGACCAACUGGGAUACCUCGGACAUGUACGGCGACAGCGAGGACCUGCUUGGAAAAUGGUUCGCUCAGUCCGGCAAGCGGGACGAGAUCUUCCUUGCGACCAAGUUCGCCGUCACGAAGGAUAAGGACGGGAACUUCAUUCUGAGAAACGAUCCGCCGUAUGUUAAGGAAGCGUGUGAGACGAGUCUGAAACGGAUGGGAAUCAAGACCAUUGAUCUCUAUUAUUGUCAUCGGAUGGAUGGCGUUACGCCCAUCGAGAAGACGGUCCAGGCUAUGGCGGAGCUGAAGAAGGAAGGGAAGAUUCGGUAUCUGGGACUAUCGGAGUGUUCUGCUGAAACGCUUCGUCGAGCAUGCAAGGUACACCACAUCUCGGCCGUCCAGGUCGAAUACAGCCCUUACAGUCUGGAUAUCGAAAGCCCACGUACCAAGCUCCUUGAGACCGCUCGUGAGCUCGGCGUUGCUAUUGUCGCAUACUCUCCUCUCUGCCGUGGAUUCCUCGGAGGUAAAAUCAGAUCACCCGACGAUUUCCCAGAGGAUGACUUCCGAAAGACCCUGCCACGUUUCUCGAAGGAGAAUUUCCACAAGAAUAUUAAGCUUCUCGAUAUCCUCAACGGGAUCGCUGAUAAGAAGGGUGUCCAUGUCAGUUCUCUGACGCUGGCGUGGCUCAUGGCUCAGGGAGAUGACAUUAUUCCCAUUCCAGGCACGACGAGUGUCGAGAAUCUUGACAUCAAUGUGAAGGCGCUCAGUAUCAAGCUGACGCCGGAGGAGAGUACGGAGAUCCGAGCUGCAGCUGAGAAUGCAGAGGUUGUUGGCGACAGAUAUGGUCCUGGCCUCGGGGAUCAAGUAUUUGCUGAUACCCCGCCUUUGGAGGAGUAAGAUGGGUCAUGAAUCGAAUGGACUGAUAUCGUGGUCGGGUUCAUACGCCAGUUUCAUUGGAUUACGGCUGCCGUCAGGUUUUACGUUGAAAGAGAGCUGGGAAUGAAAUGCACAGUGUUCAUCCUAACUGUAAAAUGAGUCGAUGGAUCUAAUUGGAAGAAGCAGAAACCUGGAAUAGUAAUCUCUACCUUAGUACACUGUCUCUAGCUGUCAACGGACGGAAAAUCCAAAUAGUCAGAUUGAAUUGGAUAUCCAGGACUGUUCAGGGGAGGAAACAGACACUGCGUGGAGAAAUCCCGAUAGC